AGCAGUUGAAUCAAAUCAAAUCUAAUUCUAAACAACAAUUUCUUAAUGCAACUCAAUGCAAAAACUACAAAGCAAAUGAAAUCUUAAUUCAAAAUAGACACCCAAAAAAAAAAUCUUGAUUCAAAAUCUCAUACCUUCUUCACCUUCAUCAUCCAAUUCAUUAUUACAGUUUAACAACAAAUAAUUAACACAUUGCUGCAUAAUUUAUUCCAAUACUCUUUGCAUUACGUUACUCUCUCUCUCUCUCUCUCUCUCUGAGGAGAAGGGGAAAAGGACGAAGGAAAAAAAAAAGGAGAAGCAUCCAAAAAAGCCAUCCCCAUUUUGUGUUUGCACAUCAGAAGGAAAAGGCCACAAUAAAAUAAAAUUAAAAAAAAGGAUUGCUGUGGAUUCUUUUAUCUCUGCAAAUUCAUUGUGUUAGAUCUGAUUCUAAAGUUUCCUUUUUGGGGUGUUUCAGAUACUGCAUGCAUAUACUAUGGGUGCUUGUGUGGGAUGCUAUAGAAAGCCUGUAGUAGUUACUACAACCGAUUUACCAUCAAAUGAAUUGCAAAAUCAAGGUACCGCAGAGUCGGUAAAGAGACCUACCUCUUCAGAGGAUUUCUGGACCACCAGCACACAUGACAUAGACAAUAGUAUUGGUCAGUCGCAACGAAGCAUGUCCUCGAUUGGUACGACAAACCUACCUGUGGCUCUGCCUAGUGCUUCCAAGACCAGUAACCCUGAAGAAUUUGUAAAUCAUGGUCUUAUUCUCUGGAAUCAGACUCGGCAACGUUGGGUAGGAGAUAAAAGACCUGAGAACCGAUCACAACAAUUGCGUGAACCUAAAUUGAGAACUCAUUGUCUGUGCCUUGCCAACAUUUUUUGGCUUUGCAGUUGGAAUGCCACAUAUGAGAGUUUAUUAGGAACCAGCAAGCCGUUCCGGCAGCCCGUCUCUCUUGCAGAAAUGGUAGAUUUUCUUGUGGAGGUCUGGGAACAGGAAGGCCUAUACGACUGACCGGUCGAAGAUUGAGGUUGCGCCGCCUAUUUGGUUAAGUCCCUGAAAUAAUGAGUUAUAUGCUUCAGUUGGAAGAGGAAGAUUGGCAGUAAAUGCAGUUUGUAUAUCAAAAUUUUCAACAUGCCAAUUUUUGGAGGGAAUUUUUCUCUAUCAAAUCCCGUAGAAAGUUGUAUUAUACUUUUUUCUCUUGUUUAGUUGAAUGAUUCUGGCAGUGUC